AAACCUGAAAAACGUGAACCGAUCUUACCAAACAAAAAAAGCUUGUCCAUGCCUAUAUAUAAUAUUAAUCUAUAACCAUUUCUUACAUGUAAACAAGACAUACACGUAUCAAUUACUUCAAGCAUCUUGAAGAUAAGAAAAGACUAGAAAAAUGGGCAAUUUUCUUAGGAGAAGCAGCGCAGUGCACCCGGUUCUCGGCGGCGACGGAGUACGAAGAGAAAACGUGGAGACCGGAGAGAAGAAUGGUCGUUUAAGGAUAAAAGUGAGGAUGAGAAGAGAUAAACUUGAAGAGCUUUUGUAUUUGGCGCGUCGUGGUGAUCAGUCUGACGGUGACGGUGGUAAUAUUGGUAUCUUGAUUCUUAAAGAAUGUAUGGAAGGUCGCCUACCGGCGAGGGUUCUUAGCUCCGAUGAAUAUGUUUCGCCUCAACCGUGUGGAACCUACUUGGUAUCGAGAAGAUUGAGUUCCAUCAAAGAGGAAUAAUUGAAUGAGUAUGUGCUUGUAGAAUAUGUACUGUCGUCUUGAUUGCCCUUUUUACACAAAAGAAAUAAUAAGUGUCUUGAU